CACGCAUUCGGAAACCCACUUUGUUGGGUAGCAGGACAGCUCCGCCAUUCCUGAUUCAGUGACUGGAUUCACUUAUCAGGCACACAAGCCCUCGGCAUGGCGAAGAAGUCAACUCCUUCUGUUGCAUACUUCGAGGAAGUGGACGACGACGGACACCUCAUCCCCGGCGCUGAACCUAAAUACGCACGCUCCACUGCUCCGAGCAGUCCUUCUAAAGAAAAACCCAACACUGGUAGAUCACGAAAAGAUUCGUCGAGAAGAGAAAGAUCACCCUCCCCUUCCUUUUCAGAAUCUGACAGCACCGAACCUCCCCACGUCCCCAAGAGAGAUUCCAGAACCAACAAGAUGAAGGGAAGCAAGAAGCGAGAUCCUCUCGUCAAGCAGCAGCGUCCCCCCGCUCGCUCGCACAAGACCGCUCCCUCUGCCCCAUCACGAAUUUCUGACGAGUCAUCUUAUUACGGAAUUCACCCUCAUCAAAACAUGGCUGCGUCCAGACCACGAGCUCGCACUAGGCCUGAAUCUUACUAUGGCCAGCGUCCGCCUUUGUCGACGUCAGCAUAUGCCCAUCAACCACCGCUGCCACCGGCCUCUGCGAGUGUCAUUGCACCAUCAUUUGUGCCUCCUCCAUGGAUGGGCGGGCCGCCGCCGCCGCCAAUGGCAAUGGCACAUGCACUGGUCCACCAACCCAUUCCUUCUCCUACCUAUUCAGAAAUGAACCCUCCCAGCAGAGAUUUGGCGUCGCGGUUUCGUCGUCCACAAUCAGCUAUGGGAUUUCAGCCGCCGCUCCCCCCACCUGACUACGAGCCGGUCAAAGAGAAGGCUCUCACAAGAAGAACAUCGGUGUCAAGAAAAGCCAGCAAGAACCACGACGAGAGAGACCGGAUACCACCUCCUGCACGGCCAGCUUCCACGCAACCGCCCCGAGAACGAUUGGUGUUCCGCCCGACGCCCACGCACACAGUUACAAGGAGGAAGUCUGUCGGAUUUGAAGACGACGACCUCACAGAUGCUGAUCCAGCUAUGUAUAAGGCCGUAGCACGACGUGAAGUGGAAUACGGCUCUGGUGCUCUCCCUUCCCUCCCUCGCCACCGACGCCAGAGCUUCGAUGCAGAGUCGGUCUUUGACGUUGAUACUGCCUACGAUCUUGAAACAGUAUCACGUGGCCGACGGAACUCGUUCUAUAACUUCGAGGACAAGAUUCGUGACGCUUCUCGAUAUCAAGAAGAUGUUAGCGGAGGAGGUGGACCGCCAUUGACGGCCGAGGCUCUGCGUCGUGUGAAGAACGACGGCAGUAGUCGUUCAACUCGUAGCAGUGCAAGCCGUGACGAGAGUGACUAUAAGCAAUCAGCGACAACACGGACGACGAGAUCGAACAACGGAGAUGACGAUAUCACAAUCAAACUUCCCAUUGGUGCGGUCAUCGAAGUCGGAAAUACCAAGAUUCAUUGCAAGGACGGCGGCGAUAUUAACAUAGGCCGCGGUAAUGGAACCUCACGUGCGGGAGGUAGCGACCCUCCGGCUUCUACCUACGGCGAUGACCGCAAGAGCCGGGCGGAUCGAUCAGUGGCACGUACCCGGGCUAGCUCCCAGGCCGGAUCAUACUCCCGUACACGCCACGCCCCGCCUCUUUACGCCCCUCCGUCAUCGUAUCACUACGAUGACUACUAUGGUCCUCAAUACUCAGCUCCUUACCUUGGUUACCACCACGAUGACGAUGAUGAUGAUAGCGAGUAUUCUUCUUAAUACCAAAUCACUCAAUUAAACCUAUGAUAUUUACUACUUGUUUUUUGCUUUUGCUGGAUAGCGAUUUAUCUACCUUUUUUGGUCAUUUACGCAUGGGCAUUUGAAUACACUAUGCAAUCUUUUGAAGUUUUAUCCCGAUAUAUCCUAUCAUAUACCUUUUUUUUGGUGGUCUGGAUACUUGUUGCCUAAAAAAAAGAGGUUUCAGAAAAUCACGGAUACCCGAAAAUGGAUCGUAAAAGGCCCGCGGAAUGGAAGCACAAGCAUAUGCUCCCUUGCUAGUUUUUCAGCGGUCGGUGGAUCUUCAACAGCGUACACGAAUCUAUGAAGGGAUGAGGUCGAA